AUGGGCGGCGCGGCGCUGGCGCUGCUGCUGGCGGCGGGGCUGUGCGCGGCGCAGUACGAGGAGUACAGCGUGCGCGGGUUUCCCGCGGCCGCGCUGGAGCCGCUGCAGCGCGCCUACGCGCGGGCGCUGGCGCAGUACGCGGGGGCGCAGUGGGCGGAGAGCGCCCGGGCGCUGGAGGCCAGUCUGCGCCUCCACCGCCUGCUGCGGGACAGCGAGGCGCACUGCCACCGCCGCUGCGCCGCGCCCGCGGGGGGCCCCGCGGAGGGGGACCCCGCGGAGGGGGACCCCGCGGCGUGGGAGUGGGAGCGGGAGAUGCAGCUCUUCGGGCGGCUGCUGCGCCGCGCCGGCUGCCUGCGCGCCUGCAAGCGCGACCUGCCCGUCUUCCAGCUGCGCUACCCCCCCGCGCAGACGCUGCGCGACUUCCAGCGCCGCCUGCCCUACCAGUACCUGCACUACGCGCUCUUCAAGUCAAAUAAGAUCGAGAAAGCAGUGUCCGCUGCCCACACCUUCCUGCAGAAGAACCCCAAGCACGAGAUGACCUUGAAGUACCUGAACUAUUACAGGACGAUGCUGGACGUGGAUGAAUACCUGGUCGACCUGGAAGCUCAGCCCUACGAGCCGAUAUUCGUGCGGUCGGUGAAGCUGUACAACAACGGGGAUUUCCGGAGCAGCGCGGCCGACAUGGAGCAGGCGCUGGCUGAGUACUACAAGGCGUACGAGGACUGCCUGGCCGGCUGCGAGGGCGCCUACGAGCUGCAGGAAUUCAAGGACUUCUACCCCGCCAUUGCAGACCACUUUGUUAGCGUGCUGCAGUGCAAGGUGGACUGCGAGACCGAGCUCACGCCCAAUGUGGGUGGCUACUUCGUGGAGAAGUUUGUGGCCACCAUGUACCACUACCUGCAGUUCGCCUACUACAAGCUGAACGACGUGCGGGACGCGGUGCGCAGCGUCUCCAGCUACAUGCUCUUCGACCCGGGCGACGCCGUGAUGCAGCAGAACCUGGUCUACUACCGCUUCCACCGCGAGCGCUGGCGCCUGCAGGAGGAGGACUUCGAGCCCCGGCCGGAAGCCGUGCACUACCACAACCGGACGGCCGCCCAGAAGAAGAUGCUGGACUUUGCCCAGCAGUACCUGCAGGCUGAUGACGAGAUGGAGGUGGACGGCAGCGAGGGGCCGGAGGCGCAGGACCUACCCUCUGACGGCGAGUUCGAGGGCGAAGGCGACUACGAGGAGGGCUUCUUCUCAGAGUGGUGGCAGGAGCCCAAGACCAAGGGGGACAAAGCCGACCAAGAGACCCUGCGAUGAGCCAGGCGAAGGGGCGCCCGGCCCCGACAGAGCUGGACGGUGGUGGCCCUGUGA